AUGGGUUUUGAGCCCUUGGAUUGGUAUUGUCGGCCAGUUGCAAAUGGAGUAUGGACAAAAACAGUGGUGAAUGCCUUUGGUGCUUACACCCCUUGUGCGGUUGAUACUCUUGUCAUCUCCAUUUCUUAUUUGAUACUUCUAGGCCUCUGCAUAUACCGCACAUGGUUGAUUAACAAGGAUUUCAAAGUGAAGAGGUUCCGUCUAAGGUCAAACAUUUACAAUUAUGUACUGGGAUUGUUAGCUUUAUAUUGUGUGGCAGAGCCAUUAUACAGAUUGAUCAUGGGAGUAUCAGUUCUAAAUUUAGAUGGCCAGACUCAACUUGCUCCAUCUGAGGUAGUUUCACUGAUCAUCAAGGCUCUUGCGUGGUGCUCUAUGCUAAUUUUGAUUGGGGUUGAAACUAAAGUCUACAUCCUAGAAUUCCGAUGGUUUGUCAGAUUUGGUUUGAUUUAUGCUAUUGUAGGGGAAGCUGUAAUGUUCAAUUUCAUCAUUUCCUUGAAGGAUUUCUAUAGCAGCUCUGCAUUGUAUUUAUACAUCAGUGAGGUGGUUGCUCAGGUUUCCUUUGGAAUACUUUUGCUUGUGUAUCUUCCCGCUUUGGAUCCUUAUCCAGGUUAUACCCCCAUCGGGAGUGAUAUGAUUGCUGAAGCUGCAUAUGAUGAACUCCCUGGAGGAGAAAUGAUAUGUCCGGAGAGGAGUGCCAACAUAUUGUCGAGAAUAAUGUUUUCUUGGAUGAAUCCCAUCAUGAAACUAGGAUAUGAAAGACCACUGAAUGAGAAAGAUAUAUGGAAAUUAGAUACAUGGGAACGGACAGAGACACUGAUCAAUAAGUUCCAGAAAUGUUGGGUAGAGGAAUCUCGGAAGCCAAAACCAUGGCUUUUAAGAGCAUUGAAUGCAAGCCUUGGAGGAAGGUUUUGGUGGGGAGGCUUUUGCAAGUGGGCUAAUGCUAUGCAGAAUGGUGACCCAUCCUGGACUGGCUACGUUUAUGCCUUCUCAAUAUUUGUUGGAGUGGUCUUUGGUGUGUUAUGUGAAGCUCAAUAUUUUCAGAAUGUUAUGCGUGUUGGUUACCGGUUAAGAUCAACAUUGGUGGCUGCAGUCUUUCGCAAGUCGCUAAGGCUUACUCAUGAAGCACGGAAGCAAUUUGCAACUGGAAAAAUAACCAACUUGAUGACUACUGAUGCUGAGGCACUUCAGUACUGCCUCUUUGUGAUUACUCCAAUUCGAAUUUCUGUUGCUAUGGUUCUUCUUUACCAACAACUUGGUGUUGCUUCCCUUCUUGGUGCAUUGAUGCUAGUUCUUAUGUUUCCGUUACAGACAUUUAUCAUCAGCAGAAUGCAGAAGUUGUCUAAGGAGGGAUUACAACGAACAGACAAAAGAAUUGGUCUUAUGAAUGAAAUUUUGGCUGCUAUGGACACUGUAAAGUAUUAUGCGUGGGAGAGUAGUUUCCAGUCUAAAGUACAGAUUGUCCGAAAUGAUGAAUUAUCAUGGUUUCGGAAAGCAUCAUUACUUGGAGCGUGCAAUGGAUUCAUACUAAAUAGCAUUCCAGUUUUUGUAACUGUUAUUACAUUUGGAGUAUUCACCUUGCUUGGAGGGGAUCUGACACCUGCUAGAGCUUUUACAUCACUUUCUCUGUUUUCUGUGCUCCGAUUUCCUCUCUUCAUGCUUCCUAAUACUAUAACCCAGGUGGUUAAUGCAAAUGUAUCUUUGAAACGACUAGAAGAUUUGCUCUUAGCGGAAGAGAGAAUACUUCUACCAAAUCCACCUCUUGAUCCGAGGUUACCAGCUAUUUCAAUCAAGAAUGGAUACUUUUCUUGGGAUGCAAAGGCGGAUAGGGCGACAUUAUCAAACAUAAAUCUGGAUAUACCUGUUGGUUGCCUAGUUGCAGUUGUUGGCAGUACAGGAGAAGGGAAGACAUCAUUAGUAUCUGCAAUGCUUGGAGAAAUUCCUUCAAUUGGAGAUUCAACUAUUGUUAUGAGAGGCGCAGUUGCUUAUGUACCCCAAGUUUCGUGGAUUUUUAAUGCAACUGUACGAGAUAAUGUUUUAUUUGGUUCUGACUUUGACCCAACAAGAUAUCAAAGGGCAAUAAAUGUGACCGAACUGCAACAUGACCUUGAGUUAUUUCCUGGUGGUGAUCUCACUGAAAUUGGUGAAAGAGGAGUAAACAUCAGCGGUGGUCAAAAGCAGAGAGUUUCCAUGGCUAGAGCUGUCUACUCCAAUUCUGAUGUGUACAUCUUUGAUGACCCCCUAAGUGCUCUAGAUGCUCAUGUGGCUAGACAGGUUUUUGAUAAAUGCAUCAAGGGAGAAUUGAGAGGGAAGACCCGAGUUCUUGUUACGAAUCAGUUGCAUUUCCUCUCUCAGGUUGAUAGAAUCAUUUUGGUCCAUGAAGGUAUGGUGAAGGAGGAGGGAACUUUUGAAGAACUAUCUAACAACGGACCACUGUUCCAGAAGCUUAUGGAAAAUGCAGGAAAGAUGGAGGAGUAUGAAGAAGAAACGGUAGAUACUGAAAUCAUUGAUCAGAAGCCUUCUUCAAAACCAGUGGCCAAUGGAGAGGUUGAUGAUUAUGCAAAGAGUGGAAAUAAACCAAAAGAAGGAAAAUCUGUCCUUAUUAAACAAGAAGAACGGGAAACAGGGGUUGUCAGCUUGAAUGUUCUUAUAAGGUACAAGAAUGCAUUAGGUGGGUUUUGGGUGGUUCUGAUACUAUUCGCAUGCUAUGUCUCUACGGAAACACUGCGAAUAUCAAGUAGCACAUGGUUAAGCCAUUGGACUGAUAAAAGUGCUACAGAGGGUUACAACCCUGCCUUCUACAAUUUGAUAUAUGCAACUCUAUCAUUUGGUCAGGUUUUGGUGACUUUAACAAAUUCUUAUUGGUUAAUCAUAUCAAGUCUUUAUGCUGCCCGAAGGUUGCAUGAGGCCAUGCUUAGCUCCAUAUUACGGGCUCCCAUGGUGUUUUUCCAAACAAAUCCACUCGGAAGAGUUAUCAACAGGUUUGCAAAGGAUCUAGGUGACAUUGAUCGUAAUGUAGCUCCUUUUGUCAAUAUGUUUCUAGGUCAAGUGUCCCAACUUCUUUCAACCUUCAUCCUCAUAGGCAUUGUCAGCACAAUGUCUUUGUGGGCAAUACUGCCAUUGUUGGUGUUGUUUUACGUAGCUUAUCUAUACUAUCAGAGCACUGCUCGUGAAGUGAAGCGCUUAGACUCGAUCAGCAGAUCUCCUGUUUAUGCACAGUUUGGAGAAGCAUUGAAUGGCUUAUCAACAAUUCGUGCUUACAAAGCAUAUGAUCGAAUGGCCGAUAUAAAUGGGAAAUCCAUGGACAAUAACAUCCGAUUCACGUUGGUGAACAUAAGCGGAAACCGAUGGCUUGCAAUCCGAUUGGAAACUUUGGGAGGCCUCAUGAUAUGGUUGACUGCAACUUUUGCUGUCAUGCAGAAUGGGAGAGCCGAAAACCAGGAAGCAUUCGCUUCCACCAUGGGGUUGUUACUUAGUUAUGCUCUGAACAUUACUAGUUUGCUUACCGGUGUGUUGAGGCUUGCAAGUUUGGCCGAGAAUAGUUUAAAUGCAGUUGAACGGAUUGGCACUUACAUAGAUUUACCCUCGGAGGCUCCCUCUAUCAUUGAUGAUAAUCGCCCUCCUCCUGGCUGGCCUUCUUCAGGCUCAAUAAGAUUUGAAGAUGUUGUUCUUCGCUACAGACCCGAACUUCCUCCUGUGUUGCAUGGCUUGUCUUUUACCAUUUUCCCGAGUGAUAAGGUUGGCAUAGUUGGGAGGACAGGUGCAGGAAAAUCCAGCAUGCUUAAUGCAUUGUUUCGAAUUGUGGAAUUGGAACGAGGAAGAAUAUUAAUUGACGAUUAUGAUGUUGCAAAGUUUGGGCUAGCUGAUUUGCGUAAAGUUCUGGGCAUUAUACCACAAGCUCCCGUUCUCUUUUCAGGAACUGUGAGAUUUAAUCUUGAUCCUUUUAAUGAACACAAUGAUGCUGACCUCUGGGAGGCUCUGGAGAGGGCACAUUUAAAGGAUGUGAUACGGAGGAAUUCUUUGGGGCUGGAUGCUGAGGUAUCUGAGGCAGGGGAAAACUUCAGUGUUGGACAAAGGCAACUCUUGAGUCUUUCCCGGGCUUUAUUGCGAAGAUCAAAGAUAUUAGUACUUGACGAAGCAACCGCAGCAGUUGAUGUUAGAACAGAUGCACUCAUACAGAAAACUAUUCGAGAGGAAUUUAAAUCCUGUACAAUGCUCAUUAUUGCUCAUCGCCUUAACACUAUUAUUGAUUGUGAUCGGAUUCUUUUGCUUCAUGGUGGUAAGGUUCUUGAAUAUGAUACCCCUGAGGAGCUGCUGUUAAAUGAAGGUAGUGCUUUCUCUAAGAUGGUCCAAAGCACAGGAGCUGCAAAUGCACAAUAUUUACGCAGCUUGGCACUUGGUGGAGAUAAAUCUGAAAGAGAAGAAAACAGGCAUCUAGAUGGACAGAGAAAAUGGUUGGCUUCUUCUCGGUGGGCUGCAGCAGCCCAAUUUGCUCUUGCUGUUAGUCUCACCUCAUCCCAGAAUGACCUACAACGAUUGGAAGUGGAAGACGAGAAUAGUAUUUUGAAGAAGACAAAGGAUGCCCUGAUAACUUUGCAAGGGGUUUUGGAAAGGAAGCAUGAUAAAGAAAUUGAGGAAUCUUUAGAGCAGCGUCAAAUAUCCCCCGAGGGAUGGUGGUCAUCGCUUUAUAAAAUGAUUGAAGGUCUCGCUAUGAUGAGCAGAUUGACCAGGAACAGGCUCCAUCAAUCAGACUUCGGUUUUGAGGACAGAUCAAUUAACUUCGAUGAAAUAGAUAUCUAG